CCACUGAACCCGCUAUGCCGCACAGGUUCGAUUUCGUCCUGCGGCCAAUCAUCCCGCCGUUUCGUUUGAAUUUCAAGGUCAAGGCCAAAGCGGACGCCAUAGUAGCUCUGGCAGGAAACGAAACGGAGGCCUCUGUCUUUGCCGAGAUAGGAAUCGGCGGCUGGUCGAAUUCCAAAUCAUCAAUUAGAGCCUGCUAUUCACAGAUAUGCCAAAAAUUGCUCGGAGACGAUGCUGUACACGAUGAGACAGGCAUCAUCAGUGACGUGGAAAGUCGGCCUUUCUGGAUCGAGUACAAAGGGGGCGUGGUGACUGUCGGCAAGGGGGGACAGACGGAAGCUUUCAUGGAGUGGGACGCUAAGGCGUACCACAUGAAAUCACCCGUACCUGUGCACGUUGGAAUUUCUACCUAUCACAUCAACCGUGGCAACUGGACAUUUUACCAGUUUUGCCCAUAAAUUUGCAAACUCAUAAAGGCCAUGCAUUAGUACAUGUGUCUCGUUACCGUUCCUUAGAUAAAAUAGGCCUCAUUAUUAUCGAACAACCAUUGUACAAAGUUGAUUAGUAAGUCAGCGCUAAGGUGAAAGGAAAUAUAAUUUCAUUAAAGACCAAAUACGUUUUUUCAUUCGUAAAGUAAUCGGUCUUAAUGGUUCCUCCCUCCCCCUGCAAA